UUGUAUUUAUACGGGUAUGAUAUUUCCAAUCUACUUACGAUUUACUUUUAAUUGAAUUUCUAUUUGUUUCUUGUUUUCUUAUUAACCAGUUUGACUUCGAUUUAUUUUUUAAACAAACAUUGGUAUUCAAGUGUAAAAGUUAUUACCGUGUUUUUUUAUUUUAAUUUACAACAGUCUAAACAGUGUUAUCAGUUAACUGUAAAUUUGAAAAACUAUAUCCAUAUAAUGCAAGGUGGAUUUAGAUAAUUCCACCUUGAUAUAAUGCCUACAUAGUACAUAAUAUAAUAAAUAAUAACGUCCAUCUCAUUAAUCGUUUUAUUUAAAAUCUAAUCUAAUUGCUGCGCUCUAAUUAUCUUUUUUAAAUAUAGAACACCCUUUCACUAGAUUACUACUAGAUCUAGUACUCGCUAGAUGCAAUAAAAAGAAGAAUAUAAAAUGAAAAAGUGACACGAAUAAAUUUUUGUUUACAGUCAAAAUAAUACGAAAAUUUCACUUACACAUUGCAAGUAUGGCGUUUGGAAUUGUCGACUAUAUUGUUUUCGGAACAAUGUUAUCGAUAUCUGCAUCAAUUGGAGUGUAUUAUAGAUUUACGGGUGGCAAGCAGAAAACAACUCAGGAGUACAUGUUAGGAAACAAAAAUCAAAGUUUAAUUCCCGUUGCAUUUUCUCUAAUGGCCAGUUUUAUGUCUGCAAUUUCAUUGUUUGGAGGAAGUGCGGAAAAUUAUAGCCGUGGAACUCAAUUUGCAGCAAUCAACAUAGGUUAUAUCCUAGGAACACCAAUAAUUGCAUAUAUCUUUUUACCUGUAUUCUUCAAACUAGGAAAUCUGUCAGUUUACGAAUAUUUGGAGAAACGUUUUGGGAAGUUGACAAGAAUUGUUACAUCGUUAGCAUUUAGUGUACAAAUGAUACUUUAUAUGUCAAUCGUAUUGUACGCUCCAGCUUUAGCUUUGGAAGCCGUCACCGGACUUUCUCAAGUAUUAUCUAUUUUACUAGUUGGACUAGUUUGUGUGUUCUACUCAACUAUCGGAGGAAUUAAAGCUGUUAUCAUAACUGACUUAUUUCAAUCACUUCUCAUGUUUGCUUCUAUUUAUGCUGUGAUUGGAGUCGCUAUGUAUGAAACUGGCGGUAUAUCAGAAAUUUGGAGAAUCGCUAAAGAAAACGAUCGUAUUGAAUUCACAAAUUUUAAUAUAGAUCCGACGGAAAGGCAUAGCGUGUUCAGCUUAGUUUUUGGAGGAAUGUUUACAUAUUUAUCGUUGUACGCAAUUAAUCAAACUCAAGUUCAAAGAUAUCUAACAAUGAAAGAUUAUCGUACUGCAGUAAAAUCUUUGUGGAUCAGCCUUCCAAUACUGUCGUUGUUAUCUCUUUCAACGUGCUUUUCAGGCUUAGCUAUUUAUUCCAAAUAUUACAAAUGUGACCCGGUCAAGUCCGGUCGCAUAGCUAGUGAAGAUCAAUUGAUGCCGUUAUACGUAUUAGAUACAAUGGGAAAUAUUCCUGGAUUAACGGGAUUAUUUGUUGCGGGUAUAUUCUCUUCGGCUUUGAGUUCUGUGUCGCCAGUACUAAAUUCUCUGGCUGCUGUCACGAUGGAAGAUUAUAUUAAGCCAUUGCAAAGACGUGAAAUAUCUGACACAAAGAAAGUUUAUUGUAUGAAAAUAAUAGUUCUUUGUUAUGGCGGUGUUUGCAUUCUAUUAGCUUUCUUAGCUAAGUACUUUGGCUCUAUCCUUCAAACGUCUUUGAUUAUACUUGGCGUAAUUGGAGGUCCUGUUUUGGCGGUAUUUACACUCGGAGUUUUAGUACCAUGUGUCAAUCAAAACGGUGCAUUAUCAGGUCUUAUAAUAGGCUUGAUAUUUUCAUUUGUCCUUGGAUUCGGAGGACCUAAACCUGUUAUCAAAAACUUGCCUACAUCAACAAAUUCAUGCACAGUAUUAAAUGAAACUAUUUUUAGGCAACAUUCAUUAUUUAAAGAGCCAGAAGAUGGUUAUAUAUAUUUGUAUAGGAUAAGUUACUUGUAUUAUAUAAUCUUGGGCUUCAUUAUGACAUUUAUAGUUGGCCUAAUAGUGAGUGCGAUUUUCCGCAAUUCCAAGUCUGUUAACAAUCCAGACUUAUUUACGCCAUUUAUAGCUAAGAAACUAAAUAAACGCGGAUUGUUUUUCAAGGAAAACUCAAUAAUUAUGAAAUUAAGACAAAAUGAAGAUAUUUCUAGAGGUUCAAUUACUGGAAGCCAAAAUUUUUAAUAUAAUGUCAAUAUGUUUUCAUAUUUUGUAUAAUGUAUGUUAUGUUUGUUCUUACGUUCAAGUUAAUCUAUUAAGUUAAAUUAUUUAUUAAGUAGUUAUAAAGUUGUUUUAAUUUUGUUAUAGUUUAUUAUUUUUAUUAUAGAUUUUUAUGUUUAAUAUGACAAUAUUAUACUUCAAAUGUUGUGGGUAUAUAAAAUAAUAGUUAUUGUGUUUUGCCAAUCGAUUUUUUAAUAGGGAAAUAAUUUUUAAAACUAUAAAUUAAUACUAAAUGUAUACACGUGUUAUCUACUUAAAUGUUAAAAUAAUAUCCAAUGUGUGUGUUGAAUACCAAUAAAUUUGUGUAAAUAAUAUGA